CAAGGACUAAACUAAAUGCUUCUCAGACAUCCUUCUUCUCUGUGAUCGAUAACAUACAGAGGGUAUCUCACAAUGGCUUCAAAUAAUAGCCAUAGCCAUUUAUUCCGCCUACCUUUAGAAAUACAAUGGUGGAUAUUGCGAUAUCUAGACGCUGGCUGUCAGGCCUCCUUCCUACAGACUUGUCACCGAGCUCGGGAUAUCGUGGAACCAUUGUUAUACCAUAAGGUAUUCACAAAAAUCGGCACACAUAAUGACACCGCUGGUCUCGUAGAAUUCUUGCUCAGGCGACCUCACGUCGCGGGCUUCAUACACUUCCUCGUACUUGACGAAUUUCACCCAGUCGCUUAUCGGCAGCUUAUGUCUACCGUCUUCCCAAAUCUCGAGAGCAUAAUUAUGCAACAUGACGGAGAGUUCGUGGAUAUCGACGAGAAAGAAAGGCAGCUUUUGAAUGAGCAUGUUAAGGAACAGCCUAACUUGACGAAUUUGACAUUCUCCAUCGAGAAGGACAAUUGGGAUGCUGUCACCUUCGCCGCAGAUGACGCCACCUUAUUUCGCCAUAAGAAGCUGAGGCGCAUGCGGAUCUCCUACAUCGACUUUUCAGCAUUCGGCGAAUUGGACGCGGAUUACUUCCAGCAUUCCAACUUAAGGGUGCUCUUCUUCGAGUUAUGUUGGUACAAUCAAGACGCUAUGGCUCGACUUGUAGCACCAACGGGCAAAUUGCAAAAUCUCUUGAUUGGCCAUAACGAUCAACUACCAUUCUCGGAAAAGCUCUAUCCUACUAUAUUAGCUCCAGCUCGAGAAAGCUUACGGAUAUUGGACCUCACAUGGCGAUGGAAGAUCCCCAUAGAGGACAAGGGAAUGGAUUUCACCCAAUUCCCAAACCUCCAUUUUCUCCGUGUACCCCCUGUCUACCUUCUUGGAAGCGCUUAUAUGGAUGACGCGGCAUUACCAGAUCUCAUCCGUACAAGAUUCCCCCCGAAUCUGAAGAUGCUCCUUCUGGAAAAUAUCGUGCCUCGUUCCAUCCGAGUCAUGAAUGAACGAGGUGUCGUGUUUCCCGGAUAUCCGCCUCCAGGCUAUACCCUCGAGUUGACGCUCAUGCCGCGGGAUUAUCAGCUAAUCCGUUUCUUGAUCACCGAGAAGCAUAACGUGUUGCCCCGGCUCAAGUAUGUCCUGAUGUAUUAUAUGGAAUUCAUGCAAGACCCUGCAGACCUUUAUCCGUUGGCUAAGGAGAAUGGGGUUACGCUUGGUCCUUUACUCGCUACCGACUACGUGAAUCCUUUAUUAGACUGGCUGGAUGAGCUCUGAGCCACGAUGGAAUUCCGGCGCUUCCGGCUCGGGACCGGUAGUCCAAUUCGGCAUUAUAAUAAUUAUAUAACAAGGUUUUCGGGUCACACGAAAUAGCAAGCCGAUACUGAAAUGUAAAUAUCUAAAAUAAUUUCGCACGGAGCCAAAUCAACCAUGACCGAGACUCUUAAUAAUUGACUUAUAUGCCUCAACCCACCAAAUAUUUUCAAUCCUCUGGUCAGCUACUCAGGACUUUGAAGGGACAACCCCAGAAAGGGGGUUUAAUGCUGUGCGACGCGAGUUG